AUGUCACUCCCUCUGAGUAAGCAUCAUGGACGAGGACCGCGACGGUAUUAUGAGCCGGAGGACCGUGAAUUGGAUAUUCAUAUCCUUGAGACUACCGCCUAUACCCGUUUGAAAGAUCAUGGGCUAUGCGAUCGGGGAAUUGUGCCUCGAUUUCUUGGUUCCAUGGAAAAGUUUGAUCCGUCGUUCUGUCAGCCUCACUUGAAGAUGUUUUUACACGAUGAGUACCUUCCUAGUGCCAUCUUCUUGGAGUACAUACCCAACUUAGAGAUGAUCCAGCUGCACAACUAUACGCCGCAGCGGAUGAAUAAUCUUCUAAAUAGCAUCCGGGAAAUCCAUUCCGCAUUAGUGCGACAUAAAGAUCCAAAACCUAGGAAUAUGAUGAUUAUUAAGGAUGACCCAGAAAGAGUGGUCUGGAUAGAUUUCGAUCGAGCGGAGACAUAUAACGAGGAUCAAAUAACCGACAAACAAAAAUACCUUCUGGAAAGGGAGGAAGUGAUGGUUGUCGAAUUCAAGAAAUGCAUAGAGGCCGACUAUCAGAACGGCAAGCUCAACGAAGCGUAUCUCUUUUACUGCACUUGA